UAACAAGCUGAGGCCAGUUCACAUUUGGCACUGGCUGGAAUGCGAAUUUUUACUGCAUACUUCCUUGUUACUCCGUUGGAAAUCGUGGUAAACAGACCUCUGGAUGAUUACAAGUUAUGAAGUCGUUUUCAGUGAUGUGGUGUUCGUUCCUGCUCGUUAAUGUCCAGUUUCUCAUCUGGAAAGUAGAUGCAAACAUCACAUGGACUCUUCCUUUUCCACAACGUGGUCCACUCAGCAAUACAGACAUCUCAGUUCGAACAACACACAAAGUUUUAGAUGGUAGUUCUUCUGAGUUGCAUUUGGAAUGGGACUUUACCUUAUCUGGUGAAUCACUUAUUCGGGUGUCGUGGAAAAGAGGUGCCAAUGACAUAAUCGGGGCUAAAACUGCAUCUGGAGCUGUUACAAUAUUUCCGGUCUUUCAAGGACUAUUUAACAUCAGUCCUAAUGAUCCUGCCACAUUGGUAAUCUACAACACAACAGCUGCUGAUGGAAAGGAAAUCACAUGCAUAGUGACCACUGAUGUAAGGGAUUGGAGUGAUGUAAUUAGUGUAGUCAUAAAAGGUGAGUAUUCAUUUUGUAGCUUUACUCUGUCUAUGUACAUGUAUGUAUCUUAUUCCUCAAGAGAAUGUGCAUGGUUCAUGUUGACUGUAUAUAGACAAGUAGCAGUGCAUCUGUCGGGGUAUGAGGAAGAAAACCAAAUUGUGUGA